GAGGACUUGUCGCUGCCUUAGCCCCCAGCCCCGGCUCAAGGCGUCCCAACCAUGGCUCGCGCGCUCUUAUUCAGUCUGGUCUUUCUUGCCAUCCUCCUGCCUGCGCUGGCCGCCUGCCCCCAAAACUGCCACUGCCAUGGAGAUCUGCAGCAUGUCAUCUGCGACAAGGUGGGGCUGCAGAAGAUCCCCAAGGUAUCAGAGACAACCAAACUGCUCAAUCUCCAGCGCAACAACUUCCCGGUGCUGGCUGCCAACUCGUUUCGGACCAUGCCGAACCUGGUCUCCCUGCACCUGCAACACUGCAACAUCCGCGAGGUGGCGGCUGGUGCCUUCCGAGGCCUGAAGCAGCUCAUCUACCUGUACCUGUCCCACAACGACAUCCGGGUAUUGCGAGCUGGAGCCUUCGAUGACCUGACUGAACUCACUUACCUCUAUCUAGACCACAACAAAGUGUCAGAACUGCCCCGGGGGUUGCUCUCCCCACUGGUCAACCUCUUCAUCUUGCAACUCAACAACAACAAAAUCCGAGAGCUGCGUGCUGGAGCCUUCCAGGGGGCCAAGGACUUGCGCUGGCUCUACCUGUCAGAAAAUGCCCUCAGUUCCCUGCAGCCUGGUUCCCUGGAUGAUGUGGAGAACCUAGCCAAGUUCCACCUGGACAAGAACCAGCUGUCUAGCUACCCCUCAGCAGCCCUGAGCAAACUUCGGGUGGUGGAGGAGCUGAAGCUGUCUCACAACCCUCUGAAGAGCAUCCCAGACAAUGCCUUCCAGUCCUUCGGUAGAUACCUGGAGACCCUCUGGCUGGAUAACACCAACCUGGAGAAGUUCUCAGAUGCUGCCUUCACGGGUGUGACCACACUGAAACACGUCCAUCUGGACAACAACCGCCUGAACCAACUGCCUUCCUCCUUCCCCUUUGACAACCUGGAGACCCUCACUCUCACCAACAACCCAUGGAAAUGCACCUGCCAGCUCCGUGGCCUUCGGCGGUGGUUGGAAGCCAAGGCUUCUCGACCGGAUGCCACCUGCUCCUCGCCAGCCAAGUUCAAGGGUCAGCGGAUUCGUGACACAGAUGCCCUUCGCAGCUGCAAAUCCCCAACCAAGAGGUCCAAGAAAGCUGGCCGCCAUUAA